ACUAGCAGAACAUUGUUUCUUAUUUUAGAUUUAUUUCUUAUUAAAAGUGUUGUUUUCUACUCUACAAUCAUAUAUAAAAGAAUAGAAUGAUAAAAAACACUAAUAUAUAGUACAAAAAGGUAGUCGUUUCGAUUGAUUACUGAAUAUACAACCUAGAAAAUGAUCUUUCGAAUUACGUCUCGUAAAUUAUCACAUAUUGCAAAAUUUGUUCCGAAGAGUCAACCAGUUACAAAUCAAGAUAUUGAAGAAUUAGCAGAAUUUAUCAAAAAAUCACAAAAUCUUUUAGUACUAACUGGUGCUGGUAUAUCCACAGAAAGUGGUAUACCAGACUACAGAUCAGAAGAAGUUGGAUUAUACGCAAGAAGUAAUCGACGACCAGUUGAUUAUCAACAAUUUAAGAAAUAUACACACAUUAGACAAAGAUUUUGGGCUCGGAAUCAUGUAGGAUGGAAGAAUUUUUCAUCAACCCAACCAAAUAUUAGCCAUAAGAUAUUAUCAAAGUGGGAAAAGGAGAAAAAGAUGAACUGGCUAAUAACUCAGAAUGUGGACUCACUACAUACAAAAGCAGGCAGUGUAAAUGUAACAGAACUUCAUGGUUGUUCAUUUAGAGUUAUAUGUAUGGUUUGUCAUUGGAGUAUAUCUAGGAAAGAAUUGAGUCAAUCAAUUGAAUUGUUAAAUCCCAAUUGGUCGGCUGAAACUGAGGAGAUAGCACCUGAUGGUGAUGUUCUAAUAUCUGACGAUCUUGUCAAAAAGUUUAACCCACCCUGUUGUAAAUCUUGUGGAGGAGAACUAAAGCCUGACGUUGUAUUUUUUGGAGAUAACGUUAAGAAGCCCAUUGUUGAUAAUUGCAUGAAAAAAUUAGCGGAGAGCGAUGCCUUUCUGGUAUUAGGAUCAUCUUUGGAGGUUUACUCCGGUUAUCGAUUUCUAAAGAGAGCAUCAGAAUAUGGGAAACCAAUAGGAAUAGUCAAUAUUGGAAAAACAAGAGGAGAUCAUCUAGCUCAAAUAAAAAUUGAUGCUCAAUGCGGUACUAUCCUGCAAGCGGUUGAUAACAUGUUAUAA